AUGUCAAUACAUGGAGAAGUAUAUUCAGGUGGAGCAACCACCUCUCAACAUGUUGAUGCAGAAGAUGAUGAACAUUUUCAAAGUACAACAUUUAAAUUAAAACGAACAAGGUCAAUAGGAGUAUUGGAUGAAUUCAUUCCAGAUAAAUUAAAACAAGAUGAUGAUGAUGACGACGACGAUACAUCAACAGUAACAUCAUCUAAAUUCACCCCUUUAUUAUCAAAUAAUCUAUUAGCAUCCGGUAAUAAUAACAACAAUCCUCAUCUAACAAUUAAUACAUCAACAUCUGGUCAAUAUUCUUCACUGUCUUCUACUUCUUAUUCAUCAAGUGAAGAUGACACAGCUCAACAAGAUACCCUUAAUACAACAACAUCUACAACUAAUCAUCAACCAUUACAACCACCACCACCACAACCUCCUUUAUUAACUAUAGAUUCACAAUCACCAUCACCAGUAGCGUCACCAUCGCCGUCUGCAAUAUUAAAUUUACAAUCACCAGAAUUAUUACCUCAUGAUGAUACUGAUUUAACUAUGGAACCUUCUCGUCAUGUAGAUUAUUUAUCUUAUCAAUGGGAUGUAUCUGAUAUUUCUAAAUCUUGGAGAUAUGUCAUUCAAAAACGUAAAGAUGUUGCUAAUGCUGCCCGAUUAGAAAAUGCCAGUUGGAGAACUUGGGCUCAAAGAAGAUCAAAUUUAAAAACAAUUUCUCCUGAAGUUGUAAAUUGGUCAAAAGAUAGUGAUGUCACUUGGCUUUAUGGACCGAUUUUAAAGGAUGAUGAUCAUCCUUAUCUUCAUCAUCAUCACCAUCAUCAUCAUGCUGCUGAUGAUUGUCAACUUCCGCAUCAUCAUACCCGUGCUCAUUCUCAUUCUCAACAUCAUCCUGGACAUAGUGUUGUAGCGGGAGAUAUUUCAAUUGCCAAGAAUAGUCAGAAUUGUGAAGCUGUUGUACAACAACAACAGCAACCUGUUUCAGUUCCAAAACCAAUUUUGAAAAAGAGAUCAGUUCAAGAACUGAUGAUUAGUCAUUCAAAUUUAUUGAAAUUACAAUUGGCAACUAAUAAAGUAUAUCAAAAACAACGAGAACAAUUAUUGAAACAACAACAAGAAAUGAGACAACAACAAGAAUUACAAGAAAAGGAACAACAAAGAUUACAGAAGCUGAAAUCUCAAGAUAUCCAAAUUGAUACCCCACAACAAAAUACCAACCCUGAUUUCGAUGAUUAUGAUGCAAUCCUGGCCAAAUUGAAUAAACAAUAUGAAAAUAAAACUCCAACUGAUAAUUCAAGUGUUGCUAAAUUACAAACAUUAUUAAAUAAGAAUAGACAAGAUAUUCAAGUCUCAAUAGUAAAAGCAUCAGAAAGUGAUCCAGUAUUAGCAACUCCAGAAUCGGAACUUAUUGAAAGUAAAAGUCCAUCAAUUCGAGAACCAUCCCCAACAUCUCUUCGAAAAGUGAUAUCGCCAUUAGAUAUAGAUUAUUCACAACUGGAUCAACAACAAAGUGCAAUUGAUGAUUCAUCAUCGUUUGUAUCCGAAGAAUCUCCACCCAUUAAAGAAGGUAGACAUAUUCAUUUCAAUGAUGAAGUAAAACAAUGUAUUGCCGUGAAUAAUUAUACUGAUGACGAUGAUCAAUAUGAAGAUGAUGCCGAUUAUGAUUAUGCUAAUGAAUAUUAUAAUUAUGUGGAUGGAGAUGAUGGGUAUUAUGAUGAUGUGGGUGCAUAUUAUAGUAAUAGUUAUAAAAGUAGUACUGGUGGUGGUUAUGAUUCGAAUAAUCUUAUAUAUGUGGAUGAUGAAGAUAAUGAUGCCAGUGAUGAAGAUGCCAUGGAUGAAGAUGAAGAUGAAGAUGAGGAUGAUGAAGAUGAAGGUGGAUUUUUCAUUAAGGUUAAAUCAAAUUCAAAUGCUGCACCAUUGAUAUUAGGACCUAAUAAUAAUAAUAAUAACAGCCAACAACAAAAGGAAAGUGAAAAUACUGAAGAUUCAGAAUCAAUAUCUACAAGUAAUAGUAAAGUAUACAAAACCAUUCAAUUAUUACCUUCAACGACAUUAAAUUAUGGAUCUAGUGAUGAAGAAAGUGAUGAUGAUUAUAAUUAUAGGUCAUCAUUAUCACAUAAUGUGAAUAAUGAAAUUAGUCGAGGUUAUGAUUAUUAUUAUGAUUAUAAUACAGUAUAUACCGUUGAUCCAAAUCAUGCCAUUUAUGGAAUAAAUAAAAACCCACCUGAUGUUAUCGAUGUACCGGAAAGUUUAGAAAUGGGGUCAAAUUUCGAUUAUAUUGAAGAUGUUCAAUCAGAUAUGCCAAUCAUAAAUCCACAAAUCAUAAAUAGUAAUAAUCCUGCUGCUGUACAUAUUGUUGGUGCGGGGCCAGGAGGUAGUCCGAUUCAAUAUACAACAACAACAACUAAUGUUGCACUUCCUGAAUCUCCGUUAAUAAUAACUAAUCCAACAUUACCUCCAUUACCCAUAAAACAAUCCCCAUUCCAAUUGAGUGAUGAUGAUGGAUCUGAUGAGGAUAGUGAGGAUGAAGAUGAAGGAUUAUCAAUCAUGACAAGAUCGUCAAGUCGGAAUCUCGCCGAAUCAGUAUUUCAUCAGACACCAAUAGAACCAAAGCCACCAUCAACCAAACAAGAUGCAAUGCAUUUCCCAGAAUCUUUCGAACAACAACAGAACCAACCAAUAGAUGCACCGGUGUUAUCUAUAAACCCCAAAUAUUCCAAUUCUGCUCCCAUAACUAAACAACCAACAAGUUCAAAUUCCUUAUCCCAACUGUUUUUCGGUGGUGGCGGUGCUGCAGUCACACCCACCACUCCAAAAACUUCCGAACUUUCAAAACUGUUCUUUGGUUUAGAUUCCCAGGAAGUAGCGUCAUCAUCCACGCCGAUUGAACCAGAAGUAGAGUGUUUUAAACCAAUGCCAGAAUUAACGAGAACUUUAUCUAACACCAGUAAGAAAGCAUCAGCAUUACCACCUCAAACUACCAGUGAAAACGCGGCUGCUAGGAGUACAUUCCUACUAUUGGAUGAAGAUAGUGACGAUAGUGAGAAUGAGGAUGGGUUUGGACAGAAGAGUUAUGAUAGAUUGAGUCAAUUUGCUGAUAAGAGUGGGAUAAGAACACCGUCACCGUUUGAAGGGAGUGGAAGUAAUAGUGGGAGUCCAACUGUGACAGCGACGAAUAUAAGUGGUGGUAAUGGUGGUGGGAAUGAGAGUAAUAAGAAUUUAAUGGGACAAGCUAAAGGAUUGGCUAAGCAUUUCUUUGGUUGA